AUGGUAUGGACUAGAUCGAGGGCUACCAGCCCAGGCCGUCAGGGAAGUAGAGAUGCUUCCAGUAACCCUUACCGCGACCGCCAAUCCGCACCGGUCAUGCAGAAUUCAUCUGUUCAAAACGUACAAUCCAUGGCGGCCGCAGUGGCGAAGUUGACUCGCCAAAACCAAGAAUUAAGAAUGGAGAUUAAUCUAAGGAGGCAGACGCGUGAAGAACAUGAGGGUGGAGGACAAACGCAGAGUCGUGAUGACAGAGAGAACACUGAGAUUGGAAGUCAGUUAAGAGGUACCACUUCACAAGCGGUGCCACGUUUGAAGGAAGAGAUGGACCAGAUGAGAAGAGUCAUGGAGGAAAUGAAAGAAAAUAUGAGAAGGACAAAUCCUAUAGAAGACCUGGUCCACCGAACUGAUUCCCCCUUUACGGCUUCUAUCAAUGGUCAUCCUCUACCAUCGAAGUUUAAGAUGCCUUCUCUGGAUUCGUACGAUGGAACACGAGACCCGUUCGAUCACAUUGCUACCUUCAAGACCACCAUGCAUCUCCAAGGGGUUCCUGACGAAAUAAUGUGCAGAGCAUUCCCUACUACCCUCAAAGGCCCAGCACGGGUUUGGUUCAGUAAAAUACCCCCGAAUUCGGUGAGUUCUUUUGAAGAGUUGAGCAAACUGUUUGUUAACAACUUCAUAGGAGGACAAAGACAUAAGCGUUCCUCGUCCAGCCUAUUGACCAUAGAGCAGGGAGAGAACGAGAGUUUACGGUCGUUCAUCACCCGUUUCAACAGAGAGGCCCUGAGUGUGGAAGAAGCAGACGACAAGCUCUUGUUGGUGGCUUUCCAUAAUGGGGUGAAUUCGGAUCUGUUCAUUCACAAACUCUAUGAAAAAGAGCCCCAGUCUAUGGCAGAACUUGUCCAUUCGGCACAAAAUUUUAUGAAUGCGGAAGACGCAAUCAUUGCUAAGAAGAGGAAGAGGUCUGAGAGAGUAGACGCAAAUCCCAGUCGCCACUUAGAGCAGGGCCCUCGUCCAAAGAAGGGACGCACGGAAGACAGGAAAGACCGAGACAUUAAGAAGCCGGGCUCUUCAGCACGGAACCAGCAGUAUACCUCUUUGAACGUCCCACUUGAGCAGGUCCUAAUGCAGAUCAAGGAUGAUCCUUCCUUGAAGUGGCCGGAGAAAAUGAGGGGAGAUCCCAAUAAACGCAAUCGGAACAAUUAUUGUCGCUUUCAUAGGGAUCAUGGUCACGAUACGGACGAGUGUUUCGAUUUAAAGCAGCAAAUCGAAAAUCUCAUAAGGCAAGGGAAGCUGAAGAAUUUCCUUGGACGAGAUAACAGGGACGAAAAAAUGAAAGGAAAAAUGGAAGAAUCAUCACGGCCACCACUCGGAGAAAUGAGAGUCAUUAUAAGGGGAAGUUCGACAAGCCAAUCAUCCAAGUCCAAGAAAGCAUAUUUGAAGGUAGUGCAGAGUGUCCAGCUUUCUGGACGAUCACCGAGAGCAAUGACCACGGACGAAGCAGCGAUCACCUUCACGAACGAAGACGCUGAGAGAAUUCAUCACCCCCAUGAUGAUGCUCUCGUCAUCACCUUAAUGAUUGCUGACUACACAACUAGAAGGGUGCUUGUAGACAACGGAAGCUCGGCGGACAUUUUGUAUUAUCCAGCUUUUCAACAAAUGAAGCUAGGACGAGACCGGCUCCGUCCAGUGAACUCCCCCCUAAUAGGUUUUGGUGGCAUGAAGGUACAAACCGUGGGUACCAUUUCCUUGUCAGUGGUAGUGGGGGCAUACCCACGACAAGUCACCAAGGAUGUGAACUCCCUUGUGGUAGACUGUCCGUCCUCCUAUAACGCCAUAAUUGGACGACCAACUUUGAAUAGUUGGAAGGUCGUUACCUCCACUUACCACUUAUCAAUUAAGUUUCCAACAGAACAUGGAGUAGGGCAGGUGCAAGGGGAUCAACUGGCAGCAAGAGAAUGUUACUUGGCCAUGUUGGCCAUGGACGAGCAAAUUCAAGCCAUGAAUAUUGAAGAAAGGAGAAUGGUAGCCGAGCCUACCGAAGUAUUAGAAGACAUUUCCCUGGACGAAGAGAACCCUGAGAAGUGUACCAGGGUUGGGGCAGAUCUAGAAGAGAAGAUUAAGGAGGGCCUCGUCUACUUUUUGAAGAAAAAUAUUGAUCCAGUGUGGCAAAAGAAGAGGGUGUUUGCCCCUGAGAGAAAUGAUGCUAUCAAAGAUGAAGUUCAAAAACUGAUGGGGGCGAGGUUUAUCCGGGAAGUGUACUACCCAGAUUGA